CGUACGCGACAGAAUCCGUGACCGAAUAGAUUAAAACAGAAACUAUCAGAGCAAAGGUCGGAAUAUCGCCUGCUGCUUGAGAUAUCAGAAUGUCUAUCACAAUGUUGUCCAGACAGGGUUCCCGCAUAUUACUUCGUCAUAUCAAGGAUUACUCAACAGAAAUAAAAUUCUACACAGCUCUCCGGCCUUUUCAUAUUAAUGUUUGCAAAAUGAGUUCUGGGAAAACAAGAAAAGAAUAUGACACUUUUGGUGAAUUGAAUGUCCCUGCUGAUAAAUAUUAUGGAGCUCAAACAAUGCGAUCCAUGUUGAAUUUUAAUAUUGGAGGUGAAUCAGAAAGAAUGCCUCAACCUGUGAUAAAAGCUUUUGGUAUCCUGAAAAAAGCAGCUGCUCAAGUUAAUAAAGAAUUUGGUCUUGAUCCUCGAGUUGCAGAUGCAAUUUGUCAAGCAGCAGAUGAAGUAAUUGAUGGUAAAUUGAAAGAUCAUUUUCCAUUAGUUAUAUGGCAGACGGGUUCUGGGACACAAACUAAUAUGAAUGUAAAUGAAGUUAUUGCUAAUAGAGCAAUUGAAAUUCUGGGUGGACAGCUUGGAAGUAAAGAUCCUGUUCAUCCUAAUGAUCAUGUAAACAAAAGCCAAAGUUCCAAUGAUACUUAUCCCACAGCGAUGCAUAUAGCUGUUGCUAUGGAAGUUGAUCUUAUACUAUUGCCAGCCUUAAGAAAGUUGCAUGAUGCUCUUAAAAGCAAACAGAAUGAAUUUGCUGAUAUAGUUAAAAUAGGAAGGACACAUACACAAGAUGCUGUUCCCUUGUCACUUGGCCAAGAAUUCAGUGGUUAUACAACACAAAUUGAAUAUGGCAUUCAGAGAAUUAAGGACACCCUUCCUAGGGUAUAUUACCUUGCUAUAGGUGGUACAGCUGUUGGAACAGGUUUGAACACUAGAAUUGGUUUUGCUGAAAAAGUAGCUGCAAAAGUUUCUGAAUAUACUGGUUUGCCAUUUGUAUCUGCUCCAAAUAAAUUUGAAGCUCUUGCUGCACAUGAUGCAAUGGUUGAGAUCUCUGGGGCAUUAAAUGUAGUUGCUUGCAGUUUGAUGAAGAUUGCUAAUGAUAUUCGAUUUUUGGGAUCUGGACCAAGAUGUGGUUUGGGAGAACUCAUUCUACCUGAGAAUGAACCUGGAAGUAGUAUUAUGCCUGGAAAAGUUAAUCCAACUCAGUGUGAAGCCAUAACAAUGGUUGCAGCUCAAAUAAUGGGAAACCAUGUUGCUACAACAAUUGGAGGAAGUAAUGGCCAUUUUGAAUUGAAUGUAUUCAAGCCCAUGAUGGUGGCCAAUGUUCUACGCUCUAUCCGUCUUAUGGCCGAUAGUUCUGUCUCAUUUACAGACAACUGUGUGAAAGGCAUUUUACCAAAUAGAGAACGAAUCGAAAAACUCAUGAAUGAAUCCCUGAUGUUAGUGACUGCUCUUAAUCCUCACAUUGGUUAUGACAAAGCCGCCAAAAUCGCCAAGACUGCUCACAAAGAAGGUACAACACUGAAAGAAGCAGCAAUCAAGUUAGGGUAUUUAACAUCUGAUCAAUUUGAUAAAUGGGUUCAACCUGGUGAUAUGUUAGGACCUAAGUAAAUUGUUACAGCUUUUAGAAGAAUGUUUUCAUAUUGCAUUAUGACUAUCACAGUCUUUUUAUACUUAUGAAGUGAGAAUGCACAUUUAUAUUGUUUCAACUGUAAAAUAAUAAAGCUGUAAAAUAAAAAGAUACUUUCUGUA